AUGCGUUCGAAGAUUCUGAUCUUGUUGGCCCUCACCAUUGUGGCGUCAGGGUCUUCUGAAGCUUUCCAGGAGCCCUCCAAUCCAUCGGAACCGCUCCUACCAUCCCCAGAAGCUGUCAAUGGAACCUUCAACUCGACUUCUCCGUCAUCGGAAUCUCCAGAAACUGCCUCCAUGUCCGCCUCCUCCUCCUCCGCUACCAUGAAACCAUCUUCGUCGUCUUCGGAAUCUUCUGGAUCCUUCUCUACCUCUAAGAUCCCAUCGUCAUCUUCAGAAUCUGAAGUCUCCACCGCUGUCCCAAUGACCUCUGCGACCCUCUCCACCCAGGCCUUCCCACCCUACGCACCAGCCGAGUAUCUGGAAGGUCUACUUCCAAAGGACGAGCUCCUCCAAAGAAAAGCCGAACAAGCCGCCCGAGUCCAAGCACAAGCAGCCUAUGUGGCCGACACCUCCGACCGAAUCCGUUUCCGCGGGCUCUCUGUGGAUAUUCCAACGCUCGCCGACUUCUUCAUGAUCCUCAAGAAGAACCAACCAAACUUUCGUCGUACGUUCGAGGAGGUCACCAAGCCGUAUGUCCAAUGGACGACGGAAAAGAAGCUGAGCGAGAAGCCGGCCAUCUAUGGAUCCUUCCAGUGCUUUCAGGCGCUUCCUGGCCAAAUCAAGAAGGUUUGCCAUGGAGAGUGCCAACAAAAGUACAAGCGGCUACUCAUAAAUGUUGCCUGCCAGGAGGAGGCACCGGAGCUCGAGCCGCACACCAUUCGUGCCAUUUGCUGCCCAAACGGACAAUAA